AAAGUGGUUGUAUGUAUAGUAUCCAUUGCCUUAGGGAAUAUUCAUCCACAUUUUCUCUAUAAAUUCCCAUUGAAAGAGAGUAGAAGAGCAGAAAUCAUUAUUUGGAUUUGGAAAAUUUUCCAAGGCCAAUGGGUGAAGCUCCAGAUUCAGCUCAAGAAACCUUUUAUCAAUCACUUCUGAAACACUCUCACCCAUCUUUUCCAAUCUCCAAUGCAAUUUACACUCGUGAACAUCCUUCCUUUCCAUCUAUUCUUCAAGCUUACAUUCGAAAUCUCAGAUUCAACACAUCAGAAACCCCAAAACCUUUUCUCAUUCUCACUGCAUUGCAUGAAUCCCAUGUGCAAGCUGCUGUUGUUUGUGCUAAAAAACAUGGCUUCCAUGUGAAAAUCAGAAGCGGAGGCCAUGACUAUGAGGGGACUUCUUAUGUUUCAGAUGUUCCGUUCUUUAUUCUUGACAUGUGCAAUCUUCGAUCCAUUGAUAUAGAUAUUGAAAAUGAGACUGCUUGGGUUCAGACUGGAGCAACUCUCGGUGAACUCUUCUAUAGAAUUGCUGAAAAAAGCAGGACUCAUGGCUUCCCUGCUGGGGUCUGCCCUACUGUUGGUGUCGGUGGCCAUUUCAUUGGAGCUGGAUACGGUAAUCUGAUGAGAAAGUAUGGCCUUUCUGUCGAUAAUAUUACUGAUGCAAAAGUUGUUGAUGUUGAUGGUAGAAUUCUCGACAAAGAAUCCAUGGGUGAAGAUCUGUUCUGGGCAAUUAGAGGUGGAGGAGCUGGCUUUGCAGUGGUUCUUGCAUACAAAAUCAACUUGGUUCGAGUUCCAGAAGUGGUUACUGUUUUCCGAGUUGAAAGAACACUGGAAGAAAGUGCAACUGAUAUCGUAUAUCAAUGGCAGAAUGUUGCUCACAAGAUUGAUGAAGACCUCUUCAUCAGGCUUGUCGUAGAUGUGGUGAAAAAUGGCAAAUCUGGUGAAAAGACGAUAAGGGCCACAUUUAUUGCCCUGUUUCUAGGAUAUUCUGAGAGACUUCUUUCAAUCAUGAAAGGGAGCUUCCAGGAACUGAGAUUGCUCAAAUCCGACUGUAUAGAAAUGAGUUGGAUUGAAUCAGUCCUGUUUUGGACAAACUUCCCUGUUGGGACGCCAACUGAUAUCUGUGUUAGUAGAGAGCCUCAAACACUGGUGCAUCUGAAAAGGAAAUCAGAUUAUGUGCAAGAACCAAUUCCCAGGGAAGGAUUGGAAGGGAUUUGGAAGAAAAUGAUAGAGCUAGAGGUGCCAAUUAUGGGGUUCAAUCCUUACGGUGGGAAAAUGAAACAGAUUUCAGCAACGGCAACUCCAUUUCCACAUCGAGCCGGGAACUUAUGGAAGAUUCAGUAUCAAAUAAACUGGACCGAAGAAGGGUCUGAAGCAGAAAACCAACACCUGGAAAUGGCGAGACAGCUCUAUGAGUACAUGACUCCGUUUGUUUCCAGGAACCCAAGAGCAGCAUUCCUGAACUAUAAGGAUCUUGAUUUGGGGAUCAACCACCAUGGCAAGGCAAGCUACAUGGAAGCAUGUGCUUAUGGGAUCAAGUACUUCAAGGAUAAUUUCAACAGAUUGGUGCAAAUCAAGACCAAGGUUGAUCCUGGUAAUUUUUUCAGACAUGAACAAAGUGUUCCAACUUUUCCUUGCUUGAAAAUUUAGAUCAUGGAUGCUUUUUUAUUUUUAAUUUUUAAUUUUUAAUUUUAUUUUAUUUUAUUUUUACUUAUUCCUAGGAGACAGUGUAGGAUUGUGACAAUAAAUUGGUUGCUUUCUCCAUUAUUGUUGUUGGGCAGUACAUGAUUUCCUAUCUCUAAAAGGAAAAGAUGUUUGUGGAGGAAAUAAAUCUAUCACUUCCUCUGUUUCUCUGUUA